UUGCCCCUGCACUACCGCCACUACAUUGCCAUCAUGGCUGCGGCGCGGCAUCACUGUAGGUACCUGGUGUCUCUGCACUCGGCUCAGUUUCUGCGGGUUGGCGGAGACCCGUUAUGGCUUCAGGGGUUAGAGGCUGCACCCCCGCGUCUACGGCACCUUGAUCACAUCAACAAGGUCCUGGCCCAUCAGCCUUGGCUCACGGCACGCUCGCACAUACAGGCUCUGCUCAAGACGGGGGAGCAGUGCUGGUCUCUGGCUGAGCUCGUCCAGGCCGUGGUUCUGCUGGCCCACUGUCACUCCCUCUGCAGUUUCGUUUUCGGUUCUGGUUCUGACUCGGACACCACUUCCACUCCCAGAGUGCAUCACGGCACGCCCCCUGGCUACUGUCUCUGUGACGCUGCCAACGGCAACACUGCUGGACCCACAGAGAAGGUGCCACGGCGAAGGUCCUUAGACUCCAGCUGUGAAGUCGCUUGCCUUCGAGAACAAAUUCAAAUAUCACAGGAGGAGAUCAAGGAAAGAAAAGGAGACCGACUCCAUUCACAGACACUCCUACAUGCAG